AUGGCGCUGCGUCAAUCAUAUGAGCGUCGCGAGAUCACUGAGAUCCGCUGGAUCAAUGGUGACGAUAAUCCUGCUGACGCCUUCACGAAGGCAUCGCCAAACCGCGCUCUUGAACGCUUUAUUGACGGCAACAAGCUGACAGUCCGAGUAGAUGGAUGGGUGCAGAGGCCGACAAGCUUUGAUGUUUGAUGCUACACACACUGUCACUACCGAUACAAGCAGAGUUACUAGCUAUCCAGAAAGAAAAGACUUCCAAUGUCGAAUCGUGAGUAUCGGUAGAGACGUCGGCUGCUUGACACUUCGGCCCGACUUCGGCCCACCUUGCGCAGAGCUUAGGUGUACCUUCGUAGCAGCUAUGUUCGUAGAAGAUCAAUACCAAUACCAGUCACCA